CCAACACCACGAUUUUCCAUCAUUACAAACCCCGCUCCUGCUCAGAAUGGCUAUUCAAAUAGUUUCCGACCUCCAUCUCGAAUCUCCCAAAGCUUACGACAUUUUCGAAAUCGUGCCGCAAGCACCAUACCUAGGCCUCCUUGGUGACAUAGGGAAUGUCGUGGCGCACAAAGAGGAGUGUCUCGCUUUCUUGACGCAACUUCGACAAUUUCGCGCCAUUCUAUUCGUGCCUGGAAAUCAUGAAGCCUAUCUGUUGGUUUGCGUGUACCACAGGCUACCGUCUUCACCUAACGUUCCUGUUCAAUGACUCGG